AUUAUGACAUGAGUUGCUGAAUCCGUUUCUGUUGGAUUUGUUUGUCUGUUUGUGUCUGAUGCUUGCCUGAUUACCCGUCUGUCUGUCUGUCAAACACAUAUUUGAACUUUUAUCUAUUAUCUAUGAUACAUUUUGCAAUGCAGGGUACUAUGUACUGUCCAACUACUGCAGUAUUUCCCGUGCAAUUAGCCGGUUGGGGCAACCAAUUAUCCGAAUCAGUCAACCAAUUAUUCGACUCAGCCAAUCAAUUAUCCGCUUGGGGCAAUCAAUUAUCCGACUAGUGAUUUCAGUGAGGAGCAGUGUAGUUAGAGAAGCGCUGUUUUGUACCUAACAGAUUACCGAAUGAGUCAAUAAUUCAGUCAUUGCUAGGCAUAGCAGUAGUGCUUCUUGCGUCCUAUAAUGCUUGGUACUGAUGUUAUCCCUGUUGCUCCCGCUAUCAUCAAAUGUGGAGGAAAAUCCAUCAGCAACGAAGUAAGAUCUGUGCUUAUAAACGUGCACAAGCGAGGACUAUCCUACCGAGAAAUGACAGUUCUGUACGGCGUUAGAGAAGAUACCGUGUAUCGAAUUUGCAGCCAAACGCCAAUAUAUGACCAAACGACGAGGAGGACCGAGGGUCAACCAGGAAACUGUAGAAGUUUUGUUGAGUUCAAUCAAAGAUCGCCCAGACCUGACUCUAGCAGAAAUGCAAACCUUACUAUUACAGCAGAAGUCUCUAGAGCUAUCAAAGUCAACCAUCGCUAGGAAGUUGGAAGGCCAGCUCAUCACCUUAAAAAAAGAUGGAACUGGUUCCAGAGAGAAGAAAUUCUCUAGAAAAUAAAGAAGCAAGAAAGAGGCACGCAGAAUGGUUGCAAAGGGAGCAUGAGCAAGGAGCCAGAUUCUGCUACGUGGAUGAAUGUGGGUAUGGCAUGUACACAGCUAGAACACGAGGUAGGUCUGUGAGAGGUCUUUCUGCCAAAAGAGUAGCUGACAAUCAACGAAUGCCCAAUAUUACAUUAAUGUGUGCCAUUUGCCCUGGUCUAGGAGUCAUACAUAGUACAACAAUUGUAGGCGGAGCUAGACAAGAUCAAUUUGACCAGUUUGUAAGAUCACUCUUUGAAUGUGACUUUGGUGAACCAAUGGCACCUGGUCAUGGUCGGAAUCGGUACAUAGUCUUUGACAAUGCCCCAUGUCAUCGCGGUGUGGAAGCAAGAGUUAGUGAGGAUAUGCCAGAGGACUGUAAACUUGUUCGUCUUCCUCCCUACAGCUGCACCCUCAAUUCGAUUGAGAACUGCUUUCAGAGUCUAAAGGCUCAUAUAAAGAGAAAAUUGAGCGAACAUAGUCCUGUUGUUGCAAUGGAGGGUCAGAGUCUUGUCACAGCAAGACGGCAACUUUCGCUACAUUGAGUCCUGAUGCACUCAAAGAAGUAACAGGGGCUUCAACUCUGAACGCUUUGUGUCAUGUACGUACUGUCAAAGCUGCACAAGCAGCAAGAUUAGAAGAUAUGUAGAACAUCCACAUUAUAUACUACAUACUGUUGUCUGUUUGUU